AUGACUAUCCUGGAUGAGGCCAGCCUUCACUCGAGCGUCGACGACUCCCUGAAAGGGCUGCUCAAGCUGCCCUCGCUCGAUAACACAUAUGGGGCUCUGUUCUUGGGGGCGACAUUCAGUUUCAUGAUAUACGGAUUGAUUGUUCAUCAAACCUACAGAUACUACCGUCUCUAUCCAACCGACCCUCUGACCUUGAAGAUGUUGGUGCUUGCUAUACUAUUGGUGGAAACAUUUCAUUGCAUCCUGCUCAUCAAUUCAUGCUAUUUCCACCUCAUCACGAACUACUUUAACCCCGUCACGCUCCUAGAACAGUCAUGGUCCCUCAAAAUGUUGAUCCCCACAUCCGCCUUGACGACUAUCCUCUGUCAAGGUUUCUACGCACGUCGUAUAUGGCUUGUCGAUCGGCGAUAUCGCAUCAUCGUUGGGUUUGCGGCACUUCCCGCAGUUGUCUUCAUCGGAUUCGCCGCAAGUGCUACCGUGGAAAACGUCCUUCUCCACGGAACCGCAUUCGAACGCUUCACAUGGAUGGUAUCUGCGAUGUUCGGCGCCUCGGUCAUUGUCGAGAUCCUCUUUUCCGGUACCCUAAUCUUCAUUUUGCAUCGCAGUCGCACAGGCUUCAAACGCACCGAUUCCAUGAUCGACCUACUUAUCCUCUAUACCGUGAAUUCUGGCUUACUGGUAAGCGCCAUCGCGGUCCUUGGGCUCAUCUUCCCUGUCAUCUACCCUCAUAACUUCAUCUACAUCGGCAUGAGCAUGGUAGAGACGAAGCUUUACGCGAGCUGCGUACUCACCGCUCUCAACUACCGAAGAACGAUCUGGAACAGGGGGACAGGAGUGGUUGACUUGGACGCUGAACGCGCCGACCUCGUGAACAGAAUCGAGGCAGGGGACAAGAUGCCUGGUUACGUACGAGACUUCUGAGGCAGAAAGACUUGGUUCGCGACGAACUGGACUAUAUUCUCAGCUGGACAACAGAC